AUGGACUUGACAAGGUCUGAUAUUCUCGCUUUACUAGGCUGCUUAAAGAUAGCCUUACCAAAGGAAACAACAUUAUCCGAAGGAGCCCUCAAAAAGCGCCUUUCACAAGCCCUAGACGCCGCACAAUCGUUCGAUAAAGUCAUCGGCUUAUCAACACCCAUCAAACCCCUGGACUACGGAACAUGGCCUUCCUCCUCACAGCCCCUCUCAGAAGCUCUCAGGCGGGGCAAUCUUAUGGAAGCCACACAGAAUUCGAUGAUGGGGUUGACGCAGGAACAAAGGGGAAUGAUUCCCAAUUCGACCAAGGAGGAAGAUACUUUCACGGAGCUCAGGCAGAUCUUGCUCAAUUUUGGGCAUCGGUAUGAUGCCGGGGGACGUGUUUUCGUUUUGCAAGAUACGCAGCAGGAGUCGGCGAUCAUUGUCAGACUCUUGGAUGUACGUGCUAUCGAUGAUAAGUCCCCGCUUCUGGUACUCCUGUAUAAACCCGUGAAGCCAACCCCCGCGAAGCGUCUUUACGACGUUAUAAGCCCAUUCAUUGCACCGAGUACAGCAAUCAUUUCGGUAUCCACGACAGAACUGGAACGCAAGAUGUUCUUGAAACUGGUUUCCCAAAACGCGAAGCAUGUCUCGUCGAGCUAUAAACCCCAACGGUCCCCGACAGAGAGCGACUUCACACUUUCGGUGAUGCUCCCACUAGGCCCACUGAACAUGCACGAUCUGGGCAAGUUGAACAGUAACUUCGGAUGUGAAUUAUGCGGGAAACGCGAAGCCAGCAAGUGCACUGGAUGUUUCUCCGUGGUGUAUUGCGGAAAAGAAUGCCAGACCGCGGAUUGGAAGGAUCACAAGAAGACAUGCAAGACGCUCAAGGGAGGCACAUGGCUCACGAUCCACUUUGAGCGGCCCCCAGGCUUCUCAACGAUCAUGAAUCGGUACGACAGCCCUCGCGAACAAAGCCUACGGACCACUGUACAAAGCGACGCCGACGGGCCACCGCCCAACAUCCACUCUAACAAAAUAUUCCUCGUCAAAAUGCAGAGCUCACUCACGCUCACCUCGGACGCCGACGCGCAGAUGUUGAUCUACGACCGACAACGGAGUUUUCAGGCAUAUUGGAAGAAAUACGGCGGCUCCAGCGGGCAUGAUGACUUUGAGGUGUAUCGCAAAGCGGAGAGGGAGAUUGCGGGUGGGUGGCAGGGGAUCAAGAUGUAUAGGUGGGCGAGGCGUGUUGGGGAUUAUGAGCUGAGUGUGUGUUUUGAUAGGGCGCCUGGGACUGAUCCUGUGUGGUGA